AUGGCGGCCUGUGGUGGUUCAAUGGCGGCGGCUAUGGCAGCAAUGUUAAUAAUAAGCACCUCAAUUUGUGUAUCAAGUGGUAAAAAAAUCACAGUACAAAUUACGAAUUUGAUUAGAUAUGAUAAUGCGAUGGUUAUUGAUUGUCGAUCGUCAGAUGAUGAUUUGGGACAACAGACGCUGUUAUAUGGCCAAUCGAUGGAGUGGAGAUUCAAUCCCAAUUUUUCGAAAACAACAUUGUAUUAUUGCAAUGCUAUGUGGGAGGCGAAGCAAAUUCAUUUUCAUGCAUAUGAAUACAUGAGGGAUAAUUAUGGUUGUGGAUUAGAUUGUCGCUGGUUGUUUACUGUUGAUGGUUUGUAUGCAUACAACUCGAAGAAUGAGUCUUGGGAUUUUCGGUUUUCUUGUUUGGUUUAG